CAUCUUGACAUCCAUAAUUUUGUCGCACUAAAAACUUCAGGGUGGUUGCAUUAUUUACAUUUUAUAAUCGUGAUUUGUGGUAAUUUUUUCCUUGAAGAAAGAAAAUUCAAAAGGAAAAGUCUUUGAACUCACGUGUUAAAUAUUCCAAAGAAGUAAAAGAAAAUGGUGUGCGUUCCGUGCUUUAUUAUACCCGUUCUGCUCUUUAUUUGGCACCGAUUCAUUCAACCCUAUGUUCUGCGAUUUUGGAAUCCGUGGGCAAAGAAAGAUGAACAGGGAAAUAUCAUAAAGGAAGAAUCCUUCCCGUUCACAUGUAAAGGAGGAAGCUGCCCAUUUCCUGCUGGCAAGACGAAGCAACAGCUAAGUGAGAAAAAUGAAAGCGAAAGCAAAUCAGCAGAAGCACCUGGUGGUACCCAGGAAGUCACAACUGGAGACCCUGGAGACAAGAAAAACGACUAAUGGAGGUUUUAUAAGAAAAAAAAAUUAUAUUUAAUUCAAACGCUUUAUGUAAUUCAUAAUAUGUAAUAAUAAAUUCUAUGAGGUAGGAAAGGUACCGAAAAGAGGGA